CAUCCAUUCCACCAUUGCCCCGCCCUACUAUCCCCCGCCAGCUAGGGUUUUACAACCAUGGCCGCCGCAGCCGCCGCGCGGAGGCUCCUCUCCCGCCGCGCCUCCUCGUCCUCGCUCUCCGCGCUCCUCCGCCGCGGCGCCGCCGCAGAGCAGCCGCUGCUGCUGCGCCCGGCCGUCGUCGCGGCGGCCUCCCGUCUCGGCUUCCCGCGCGGGAUGGCGCGGCGGCCCGGCGGGGACGGCUUCGGCCCUACGCGGCCUGGCGCGGGCGGGGACCGCGCGCCCUCGGACAUGGCGCCGCUGUUCCCCGGGUGCGACUACGAGCACUGGCUCAUCGUGAUGGACAAGCCCGGCGGGGAAGGCGCCAAUAAGCAGCAGAUGAUCGACUGCUACAUCCAGACCCUCGCCAAGGUCCUCGGAAGCGAAGAGGAGGCGAAGAGGAAGAUCUACAACGUCUCGUGCGAGCGCUACUUCGGGUUUGGGUGCGAGAUCGAUGAGGAGACAUCUAAUAAGCUCGAGGGGCUCCCUGGUGUUCUCUUUGUGCUCCCGGAUUCGUAUGUUGAUCCUGAGUACAAGGACUAUGGAGCUGAACUCUUUGUCAAUGGUGAGAUUGUUCAGAGGCCUCCUGAGAGGCAGAGAAGGGUCGAACCUGUGCCACAGAGGUCAGCAGAUAGGCCUAGGUACAAUGACAGGACGCGCUAUGCACGCAGGAGGGAGAACCAACGAUGAGAUGUGGGAUUAAAAGACCACAAUAACAAGUCCAGGUGUUUCAGCUCUGGAAUCACAUCUACUAAAUGGACAAUCUCCCAGUUGCAUGUUCACUUUAUGUGGUCUAGAGUAUCGUUUCUUUGUGCUCAACUUGGAUGUAUUGUACUCUGUAAUUACAGUUACUCAGAGAUUGGAAGGACCUGGCUUGGAAUGCAUGCAUUGUUACUAGCACAUUAUUGCAGCCUUUUGCACAUGUAAAUUUGUUUCAUGAUCAAAACUGCUACUAGAUUGACUAUGAGUUUAUGAAGAACCAAUAAUUGCAUUA